CUCGGCUGGAGCGGGUGGCACACUCAGUGUGCCACUGCACCUCGAGUGCUCAACUCGAAGCCACCAUGAAGCUGCUCCUGCUUCUCAGCUUGGUAGCCCUGGCCCAGUGCCAUGGCCAUAGACUCAGUCUCCUCUGGCUGUUUUCAUACUCCUGAACCAAAUGCAGCAGCUUUCUGCAUUCCAAUGCCCACUUAUCAGUAAACUGCUGCUAGCUGGCUCCUUCAUUAUCAACUUCCAAGGUCUUCAAGGCGAAUAACGCCGAGCUCUAAUGAACACUCCCAGCCCCCCUUGUCUGCUUUCACUCAUCACCUGAACCUCUUGGUGGCGACGGAGAGGAUGGGGCUGUGGGACGAGGUGGAGGGUGGAGGUCCCUGCGCAGAUCUCACUGAUGGGUGAGUUCCCGUAUCCCCUGCAUGCCAGGAUCUCUCUGCGGAGAGGGAAGUCCAUGCGGCAGGUCUUGCAGGAGAAGGGCUUGCUGGACCGCUACCUGAAGGAGCACCCCUACAACCUGGCCGACAAGUUCCUGGCCGCUGGCACCUCCACCGAGCCCCUGCAGAACUACCUGAAUAAUGAGUACUUUGGCACCAUCUCCAUCGGUACCCCAGCCCAGGAAUUUACCGUCAUCUUCGACACCGGCUCUUCCAACCUGUGGGUGCCCUCCGUGUACUGCUCCAGCCAGGCUUGCAGCAACCACAACCGCUUCAACCCAUCGGCUUCCUCCACCUAUGUUGGCACCAAUGAGACCAUUGAGAUCACCUAUGGCACUGGCAGCAUGACCGGCAUCCUGGGCUAUGACACCGUCGGCGUUGCAGGCAUCAACGUUGUCAACCAGAUCUUUGGUCUGGCUGAGACUGAGCCAGGUGAUUUCUUCUACUACAGCCCCUUCGAUGGCAUCCUGGGUCUGGCUUACCCAAGCAUCUCCUCCUCUGGAGCCACUCCCGUCUUUGACAACAUGAUGUCAGAAGGUCUUGUGGCUGAGGACCUCUUCUCCGUCUACCUGAGCAACAACGACCAGAGCGGCAGCUUCGUCCUCUUUGGUGGCAUCGAUUCCGACUACACCACCAAUGGCAUCACCUGGAUCCCCCUCUCUGCUGAAUCCUACUGGCAGGUCAACAUGGACAGCGUCACCGCCAGCGGCCAGGUCAUUGGCUGCGCUUCCGGUUGCCAGGCCAUCGUGGACACCGGCACCUCGCUCCUGGCUGUGCCCAACACUGCCCUGAACAACAUCGUUGCCAGCCUUGGUGCCAGCUCCAACGGCCAGAUCAGCUGUGAUGCCAUCAGCACAUUGCCCACCAUCUACUUCAACCUCAAUGGCAACAGGUUCCCAGUGCCACCCAGUGCCUACGUGAUAGAGAGCGAUGGAUACUGCAGCCUCGCCUUCGAAGGCUUGGACAUCCCCACCGAGUCUGGCGAGCUCUGGAUCCUCGGAGACGUCUUCAUCCGCGAGUACUAUGUGAUCUUCAACAGGGGCAACAACAUGGUGGGACUGUCCCCGCUGUCCUAAGCGCUCCGCCAUUCCGGGGACAGGCAGCGCAUCCCACUGCCACUGCGUCCCCAGCUUGGUGGCUGGCCCUUGACCAGCACUGCCUUCCCCUCCUGCCACAGCCACCGAGCACAAUAAAGCCGUGG